AUGCUGUUAAGUGUUGAUUCUGGUGAUAUGAUAAUGCCGGCAAAGGAGAAAAUGAAUGGUGGUGGUGACAACAAUCAUUUUUUGUCAAUGGAUUCAAGUUUGUUCGAUCCGACGGUAGAUCUGAACCUAAGUCUACCGCCCGAUAUCAAUCUCCCACUUUCGGCGGAGCCAAGCCCUCCGCCCCCUGGGUCGAUUGAUUCAUGUGACAUGCUAGAACCCGGUUUAGGUUCUCAACAUUACCAAAGUGAAACACAUAUAAAUGUCACAAAAUCCGGAAAGAAAACCGCUAAGCGACUAGAUAGCAUGUGGGGGGCUUGGUUUUUCUUUAAUUUCUACUUCAAACCAGUUUUAAACGAGAAGUCAAAGAACAAGAACAGGGAUAAUAAUAAUAAUAACGGAGACGAUAUUGAUAAAUCACAGCUGAAGUUAGAUGUUUUCUUGGUUCAACAUGACAUGGAGAAUAUGUAUAUGUGGGCUUUUAAAGAAAGGCCCGAGAACGCAUUGGGGAAAAUGCAACUGAGAAGCUAUAUGAACGGGCAUUCACGACAAGGGGAAAAGCCGUUUCCGUUUUGUGCUGAUAAGGGUUUCGUUAGAUCUCAUCGUAUGCAAAGGAAACAAUAUAGGGGACUCUCGAAUCCUCAAUGUGUUCAUGGGAUUGAAGUUGUUAGAUCGCCUAAUUUGAUGGGAUUGGAAGAGGAAGAAAGAAGAAGGUGGAUGGAACUUACCGGAAGAGAUUUGAACUUUUCGAUUACUCUCGAAGCGUGUGAUUUCGGUUCUUGGAGGAAUCUUCCAAGUACCAAUUUCGAAAUUGAACGCGCUCUCAUUCCAAAAGAUACUGCUAAUCAUCAUCAUCAUCAACAACAACAAGAACCAAAGCGAUUGCUUUCUGGUAAUGGUACUGGCAGUAAUACCGGUGUGCCAGAUCUUUUGGCGGGUUGUAAUGGUAAACGUCGGAAGAGCAACUCGCCACGUGGCAACCACGAUGAAGAAAGUUCGGAUUCGGUUCUUGAUGUUCAUCAAGUGGAUCCGCAUUGGACGAGUGAAAUUUCCGGGGUGUUAAGAAGUGCUUAUGGGCCCGUAACGGCUGCGAAGACUAUUUAUGAAGAUGAAGAGGGAUUCUUGAUUGUGGUAAGUUUGCCAUGUGUAGAUCUUCAAAGGGUAAAAGUUACAUGGAGGAAUACCAUUUCACAAGGUGUUGUGAAGAUUUGUUGUGUGAGCACUGGGUGUAUACCCGUGUUGAAAAGACAAAACAGGACGUUUAAGAUGACUGAUCCGGCGCCUGAGCACUGCCCUCCCGGGGAAUUUGUGAGGGAGAUUCUGCUUCCCACUCCGAUUCCUGAAGAUGCAAAGUUGGAAGCUUACAGGGAUGAAACGGGAACUAUGCUUGAGAUAAUGGUGCCUAAGCAUCGUGUAGGACCUGAAGAACAUGAGGUUCAUGUUUGUCUUAGUGAAAAGUGGAGUUGA